UUAAAUAUACUUGCUUGCUGGGAUACUGCUUGAUGUGUGUUCGUAACGCAAGAAAAAAAAACGAAAAAAAGAAAACAAGCCGCGUCUUCUUCGCAUUGCGCGUCAUUCAAACAGGACUCGGUGUACCGCUUUUCCCUCUGUUGCAUUAGUAAUAACAGCGGCGUUGACGGGAGACAGCAGGAGAGAGAGAGAGGGAGAGGGAGAGAGAGAGAGAGAGAGAAAGUGUGCGUCUCUCCGACCGCGGUGCCCAGCGGAGGAAUACCCGUGCUUUUUUAUUUACUCUGCAGCUUGUUGUUGGUUUUCAUCCGCGUUAUGGUGAACUUGGACGGUCACGUGUGAAAGACAUCGCUGCGAACACCGGAGACGGACGGCGACUUCUCUCACCUGGCGUGUCUUUUUUCCCUUUCGGCGAGGGACAAAUUCACCCCCCUCCUCCACUCCCUCUUACUCCUUCACAAAAAAAGAAAGAGGCUACCUGCCAUUUUUUUCUCGUGUUGAUAGCCGACUUCGCUGGACUCCUCCUGCUCCUGUGACGGAAAACAACAGCAAGUUCUCUCCCUCAGGGAUGAAAUAUGCACACUCUGUGCCCGUAGAAAAAAACAGACAACACACACUGUAAAGUCCAAAGUGGUUUUAAAUCAUGAUGAUGCAGGAGUCGGCCACAGAGACAAUAAGCAACAGUUCAAUGAGUCAAAAUGGAAUGAGCACCCUAAGCAGCAGCCAAUUAGAGGCUGGCAGUAGAGAUGGGAGAUCAAGCGCUGGUGACACGAGCAGCGAAGUAAGCACAGUCGAGCUGCUGCAUCUGCAACAACAGCAGGCCCUACAAGCAGCGAGGCAAUUACUCUUGCAGCAACCAGGCAGUGGCCUGAAGUCUCCAAAGAGCCACGACAAGCACCGUCCACUGCAGGUUCCAGUGUCAGUGGCCAUGAUGAGUCCCCAGGUGAUCACGCCGCAACAGAUGCAGCAGAUCCUCCAGCAGCAGGUGCUCUCCCCCCAGCAGCUCCAGGCCCUGCUCCAACAGCAGCAGGCCGUGAUGCUGCAGCAGCAACACCUGCAGGAGUUUUACAAGAAACAACAGGAGCAGCUUCAUCUGCAGCUCCUCCAGCAGCAGCACCCUGGCAAGCAGGCUAAAGAGCAGCAGCAGCAGCAGCAGCAGCUGGCCGCCCAGCAGCUCGUCUUCCAGCAGCAGCUCCUGCAGAUGCAGCAGCUCCAGCAGCAGCAGCACCUGCUCAACAUGCAGCGGCAGGGCCUGCUCUCGCUGCCCGGCCCCGCCCCGGGCCAGGCCGCCCUGCCCGGACAGACCCUCCCCCAGCAAGCUGGCCUGAGCCCUGCAGAGCUCCAGCAGUUGUGGAAGGAUGUGACCGGAGGCGGGAGCCACACCAUGGAGGACAACGGCAUCAAACACAGCAACAGUGGCAACGGUGGCAACGGCGGCAACGGCGGCGGCGGAGGUGGCGGCGGCGGUUUGGACCUCACCACCAACAACUCCUCCUCAACUACCUCCUCCUCUAAUCCCGCCAAAGCGUCGCCGCCCAUCUCCCACCACUCCAUUGCAAACGGACAGUCCCCAGCCCUCAACCACAGGAGAGAGAGGGAACGGGAGCGCGAGCGGGAAAGGGAGCGAGAGAGUUCACUACAUGAAGAAAGUGGAGGCACCCACCCUCUGUACGGCCACGGUGUGUGUAAGUGGCCCGGCUGCGAGAACAUCUGCGAGGACUUCGGACAGUUUUUGAAGCAUUUAAACAGCGAACAUGCCCUCGAUGAUCGGAGCACAGCGCAGUGUAGAGUCCAAAUGCAAGUCGUACAGCAGCUGGAAAUACAACUUUCUAAAGAACGUGAGCGUCUUCAGGCGAUGAUGGCCCACUUGCACAUGCGGCCCUCGGAACCCAAGUCAUCUCCCAAACCACUCAACUUGGUGUCCAGCGUCACCAUGUCCAAGAACUUGCCCUCGGCAUCGCCCCCAAACUUACCUCAGACACCCACCACGCCCACGGCACCCAUCACACCCAUGGCGGCCAUGCCACAGGUGCCGUCGGUACUGGGAGGAGCCAACGUCCCCAGCAUGGGAGCCAUGCGCAGACGCCACUCUGACAAGUACUCCAUGCCUCUGUCGUCAGAGAUUGCCCCAAACUACGAGUUUUAUAAAAACGCAGAUGUCAGACCGCCAUUUACUUAUGCAACCCUCAUAAGACAGGCUAUCAUGGACUCUGCCGACAUGCAGCUAACGCUUAACGAAAUCUACAGCUGGUUCACGCGCACGUUCGCCUACUUCAGACGCAACGCUGCAACUUGGAAGAACGCCGUUCGCCACAACCUCAGUCUGCACAAGUGCUUUGUGCGUGUGGAGAACGUGAAGGGGGCGGUGUGGACGGUAGACGAGAUGGAGUACCAGAAACGCAGGUCGCAGAAGAUCACAGGAAGCCCGUCACUUGUCAAGAACCUGCCCUCCAGUCUUGGCUACGGAACUGCACUAAACGCCAGCUUACAGGCGGCCCUGGCUGAGACCUCCCUGCCCUUGCUGGGGACCCCCGGCCUCAUGAACAGCGGCUCCACGGGCCCGAUGGGAGGCAGCUGCCACGGCCUCCUGGGCGGAGAUCCGUCCAUCCUGACGGGCUUGAGUCCGCCCGGACUGUUGGGCGGGAGCCCAACCGGAAUGUUGGGCGGGAGCCCGCAUGGCCUGCUGGGCUGCAGCCCCCCGUGCACGCUAAGCGGCAGCCCCCCCACCCUGAUGCACUCUGCCCACGACGGUUACAACGGCUCACUCGACCACCUGGACACCAACGGACACGGCAGCCCCGGGUACUCCCCACCAGUACACAUGCCUCCCAUUCACGUGAAGGAGGAGCCACUUAACAUGGAUGAAGAUGACUGUCCAAUGUCCCUGGUGACGACAGCCAAUCACAGUCCAGAGCUGGACGACGACCGGGAGCUGGAGGAAGGGAACUUAUCAGAGGACCUGGAGUGACUAGGAUACCGUUUUUGGUCGACACGUCCCUUCCCCCAGCCACACUGUUUCUCUCACACAAACCUCCUGCAAGACUAGAAACCACUUCACAGUCCAAGCGACCACACAGCUGACUCUCCCCGCGUCUCUCUCACCACUGGGACUAUUUAUUGAGCAUGCAUCCGGAUGGAGACCAGUCCAAAGGAACUCUUUGUUGCAGCCCUUUGGGAUCCCCACACAUGACAGGCAUGAGAUGUCUGAUUAAACGAACUAACUCUCUGAGAUCUUUAGACAAGGCGUGGUCACACACACAAUACAAGGAUGAUGGACUCAUGGAUGGGGGGGGGGGGGGACAUGAAACAAAUGAGCAAAUCAUGUUCCGUUGAAAGCUAGCGGCCUCAUAUACUGCCAAAAAGGAAGACGUUUUAUGUUUGUGAAUAAUCCAACCCCCAGUAGUUGUUCGUGUCUAGAGACAAUUGCUGGUUCAAUUCAAGUUAAUUUGCACAGGAGUAGUCUCAGAAAUUUGUGUCACUGCCUGUAUGUUGCUACUAUAAUAGAAACCAGUAUAUUAUUUUUAGCUUCUCUAUUUUUUUUUUCUUCUUUUUACCAUCGUUAAUUUUAAAAUCUGAUUUUAGACACCAACAACUGUAAAUGCCAUUCCCUGAAUCAAAAACCAAUAAUGGAAAAGCGGUACCAAGACUGUUGUCGCAGCUGUCCAGAAAAAAAAAUGAAAAAAAAGGUUGCCUUCCAGUCUGUUAUCUGUUUGUGAUUUAAAAAAAGGAAAAAAAAAAGAAAAAAAAUCCUGGAAAUUAAGUUGGGGAAAAUAUUAGUUUGUAUAAAGCACCAUUUACAAAACAAAUGCAUUUCCACCUAAUUUUCUUCUUGCUGUUCUCCUUACCUCCUCGUCCUAAAGCUUUGUCUACCUGCAAACAGUCACAGGCAACAGCUAGAAACCAAAGCCAACACUAGCAAUGGCCAAUAGCUUAUAGACAGAAGCCACCAAACUCCUCUUGGUCCCACUUCUGUGACUUUAAACGAGUACAAAGAGAAGCUUUUGUUCCGCAAACUACCUUCGAAUAACCUCUGGGAUUGUUUCAUUCAGCCCUAUACAAAGAUGAUCACGAGAGAGAGAAGGGGGGGGGGGGGGGGUAAAUGCUGAUUUUGAUGUGUAAUUUGAUAACCCAUUGAACUUCCACUUUGGAGAUUUUCUGCCAGACGUACUGUAGGUAAAAAGGUGAUGUGAUAUUUGAACUGCAGGCAUUCUUGUGAUUUGACUGGUAGAGAGCAGCUAACUGUAAAAGUGGAUCCUGACCAAAACAAAACAUUUGUGUAUUCAAUGGAAGUGUAGAAACAUCGUGUUGUUGUGAAGUUUAUUUCGUUUUUCUAUUUGUUUAUUUUUUUUCACUUUUUUUAUGCAUCACUCGUCAUUUUUUUUCUUCUCCUUUUUAUCACGUUAUUUUUUUUUCUGGCCUGGUGAAUAUGUAAUGUUCUAAGUGGGACUUUCGAAAAUAUUGUCACGUCUUAUUUGCGUGGCGGUUUUGUUCCGAGCUGCGUCGAAACCGAAACUGAAAACACCGCUAACCAAACAUGACAAAUAUCUAGUAAAGCCAAAUAAGUCAUAAUUUCAAGUUGAUAUGAAAUGGCUUGGUUACCAUGUAAAAGCAAAUAAUAAUAGCCAUUGCAGAGGAGGAUAUCUAAGGUUGAAAGUUAACCUUUUCUAGGUGAUAUUUGCUUUAACGUCAUCAAGUACUCACCGUGUGCUUCAUAGCUUCUAAACUACACAGAUACAACUGGUGCGAGCACUGCUGUACUCUGUAUAGGAAACCAGCUUUUUGUAACACACUCGGUAUUUAAUGAGACUAGAGAAAAGUCGUUAACCUGGAGACCACGUCCCAUCAUCUUCCUCUCGGCUAAUAACAUCUAGAAAAAAAGGUUGUCGCUUUAACGCUCAUUUCUGUUUUCAGUAAACCAAAGUUACACAAAAUUCUGCCUCCUCUUGUAUGGGAUAACAAAAUGCUAAAACAGCCACACACACACACACACACACACAAGAACCCACGAGUGGCUUUGUAUUGUGCUGUAACGACCAAAAUGGAAACACUGUGCAUAUGUUGUUUUCAAGCGGCAGCGAGAGCGCAGACACGUGCAGUACUGUACAAACACGCAGCAUGUAGUUACACACACACACACACACACACACAUGCUAGUUUCACGUCAAGAGGGUACUGGGCCCAGGAACAAAGCUUAUCCCUUCAAUACUUAGGUGGAGUCAGCAAAACGACUUGAAGACGACGUUCUUAAUAAUCUUAUCACACCAAAUAAAAAGGACGCCGCGUCUUUCAAACAAAAAGAAGAGAAAAAAAGGGUUCUCCCACUUACCCAAAAAGGCUUUCUAAAAGCUUCUACCUCUGCACAACAAAUUUAGAAAAAUGAUUGCACGAGUUAUUAGAAGGCCACAAGAGCUGUUACACUUUACAACCGCUUGUCUCAUAGGACGUGGCUCCAACCAACGUUUACAUUCCCUGCGUCAAGAUACGGAAGAUUUGCAUUGUAAUAGGUUGUCCUCAAACAUUUGUAGAAUGAUAAUGUAUAGAUUACCUGUAAGGGAAUAUUGUGUUUUAAAAAUGCAUGUCUAAAAAAAAUCAUUUGGUGGACUGGAAACAAGAAUCAAUAAAAAGAAUAAAUAAUAAAAAUCAUCGGGACGAUGGCCUAAAUGUACGUACCAUGCAUUGGAGUGCGUUACCUCAGAUAAACUGCUUUGGGAAGGAUAAAAACCUGUCAGCCACAGAAUGCAUAUUACCUGUAGAUUUGCAUGGGUUUUGUAUAAAUUAAGUUGAAAAAAAAUGUCUAAAAUAGUUGCUUGCACAUAAUACCAGAAAGACCUCCAGAACUGCGAUCUGCUCCUCCACUAGAUUUUAGGAUUGUCUGGAUUUUCUGGGUUGAUUUUUGUCUGUAUUUUGAUAACUGUGCAUACUUAUGUAAAAAAAAAUGUUGGUGGACCCAUAAAUUUACCAGACUUUUUUCUAAGAGAAAAAAAAAAUCUCAGUGUUUCUUUUCUGACUUACCUGAAUUUUUACUGUUUCUCUCUCAUUGCUCGCUAAGAAUAGCAAACCUGCUUUUUCUGCAUCUGCUUUGCGUAGCUGUAAGGCUUAACCUAAUGUGUGUAUUUAUUGCUUGUACCUCUGUGCAUACUUUAUGAAGCAUUAUGUCUGGCAGUUGAGUCAUGUAUCCUUUCUACUGCUAUCCUUCUCUAAUAAUUGGGAAUAUGAUCCCCCUAUGUAUACAGUAAAUUGGAACUGUAGCAAACAUAUGUUUAUGUAAUUGGUGAAAACUUUUAUUUCCUUUUGUUUUUAUUUCCUUUUGAUCAAGAUUCAACUACUUUUUUUGAUACUUUUCAUUACUGUGUACUGUGUCCAUACGUUCGAGGUUCUCUGACAUUAGAAGGUCAUGGUUGAGAAUUGUAACAGACGUUAUUAUUUUCUGUAUUCAUGGCAUUUCACUGCUGAAUAAAAUAAAGGACCAAAACUUGGAAUUUGAAAAG